CCUAGGCACAACGCGAUAAUCGUUAACGAGAUAAAAGCAAACUUGAAAAUUUAGAAUAUUUUCAAGGUUUAUUUUAUUUACAGGUGGAGACAAUAAAAAUCAAGAAGGGGAAUUCGGCCCAUGAGCGGUUUAGAAUUCGGCGUAAGAUGUCGUUUAACCAGCCUUGUGAGUAUGUACGGAAAACAGAUGAGAAACACGGCGUUCCUAUGACAAUUUAUUGGACUGAAGAAGAACUGGCUGACUGGAUUUGUGAAAUAGGAUAUCCGCAAUACAGAGUAUGUUUUGAAAAAAAUUUCCUCUCAGGCAGACAUCUUGUAUACCUUGAUGCGUCCAAACUUCCAGAUAUAGGGAUAACGGAUUUUGAACAUAUCAAGGAUAUUGCUGGAAAAAUACGAGGGCUUAUAGGGCUUGAUCAUGUCAUAAAGAACUUGAGUAUUGCCAAGUCCAAUCCAAUGAUAGCCUACAUGGAUAUGAAGCGGAAGUCUGGAGAUGUAGCCAUGAACAUUCCAUACAACGAGUUCCUCAAGAAGAACAAAAGAUGGUACAAAUAAUUGGGUGUCAUCUGUAAUGGCCAUAUUUUAAAUGAAGAAUAUGUAACGGGACAAUAUUUACUUCUUGAAUCAAUGGAAAUGAUAAAUGUUCUACUGGAAUGACUUGAUACUAGUUUAUUCAAAUUUACUUUCCAAAAGAUUGUAAAACGAGUAAGGUUUUAGUAAUAUUUUAUUCGUCUACAACUUGUGCAAUGAGUGUCAAGUAAGUUACAUUUUAAUUGUCUAAAUUGAUUUAAUAUCUAUCAAAAGGUCACAUUAAUCUGUGAACUGAG